AUGCUAGUGAACUGGGAAGGGAUUCGCGCUUUUUUUCAGACUGUGAAACGUCCUAGGACAUUACUUCCUCACGUAAAAUUUCCUUCAUUCACAAAUGUUCCGGUUGGUAUUAGCAGCCAUCUAAGCAAUGCGUACUGUCGGCCUGUUGACAUUCGAGGUAUUGUGCUAGACAAGGACGAUUGUAUUACUGUACCUAAUAAGAAUGAAAUUCCUAAUGAGAAUCUCGAGAAACUACGAGAGUUACAGAAAAAAUUUGGAAAGAGCCAUAUUUUAUUGGUGAGCAAUUCAAUUGGUUCUAAAAAGCAAGAUCCGACUGGAGAAGAUGCUGCCCACUUUGAAGCUCGCUGGGAAAUUCCUGUACUUCGACAUUCGAAAUUAAAGCCACUUUGUGAACAAGAAGUAUGGGAUUAUUUUCAGAGAUCUACACAGAUUCAACAUCCCUCACAGCUUUUAUUCAUCGGUGAUCGACUACUUACGGAUAGCACCAUGGCUAAUCGUAUGGGUGCAUGGAGUUUAUGGUUAUAUGUUGGAGUACAAGAAAACUCAAGCUGGAUGAACAAAUUAGAAGGAAAGCUUUACCAAACGUUCCAACCGAUGGGUCCUAUCCUACCUCAAAUGAACGAGAAGGAUAAGUAA